AUGGCACGCUCACGCAAACCGCGCACCACCACGGCCACGACCACCGAACCACCGGCGCUGCCGCUGGCGCAACCCGACCGUUCCGGCCCACGCAUCGACGACAAGACGCUCUUCCAAAUCGCCGAGCAGCGGCAGCUCUUCCAGCAAGCGGCCGCGCGCGAAAAGCAGCGGCCCAGCAGCGCUUCCGUACACAAGAUUCGCAUCACCGACGACCAAGACGAUUCGGGCUCCGACGAUGACGGCGAGGUGCCGACGCUGUCGCCUGGGACGGAGCGCGUCCUCGAGGCCAUGCUCUGGACGACGUCGCUCGCCAUGCUGCACUUUACCUUUGACGUGCUCGUGCAGCACCAGUACGGCACCGAGAUUCUCUGGCGUCCACUCUUCCACCGCACCAUCAGUGCCUGGGCCGUCUUCUUGAUACUCUUCUACGCGCUGCACCCCCGCCGGGCCGACCAGACGCUCAUGCCGGGCCUGCCCGCGCACUGGCAGCAGCCCCUGCGGCAGGCCGUCUUUUUUGGAGUAAGCGUUGUCGCCGGCUGCGGUCUGCUCUAUGUGACCAAUACGAAGGGCUACCUGGCUACGCAGCGGCGCGCGCCGCCGCUCGGCGUCCUCUGGGUCUGGGCCGUGGUCGAGCUGGAGCUGCCGUGGGCGACGUUGAGCCUGCUCGUGGUGGCGGCGUACAUUUAUCUGCGCGGAUACGGAAUUCAAUAA